UUGGUCGCAAGUGCGGCAUCUCUUCCAGUCCCACACCUCUUUCCUCUAUCCCUAUCCCCUCUCCCUACCCCCAGCUCCAUAAUCACCCUGCUUAACCCGUUCGACACCGAAGGCUCGCCGAGUUCUAAGGUACGGAGAAUUAACCGUCUCCUCCGAAACCCACGAAAUAGUCUCACUUUGGGCUAAAGCUUCACACUUUUGCCUUAAAGCCCCCAGCCCCUUACGCGCAGACAGGUAGGGGGAGUGCUAAUACUACUGGAUCGCAGGAAACUGGUCCCAAGAAGGCUCUAUCCAGGAUCGCCCACUACCGAAGAAGUAUUCCCGGAGCCCUCUGUUCUGCGGGGUGACAAUUAGCCAAAGAUUAUUUCUCUUUAUUCAGAAGCAUAAAGUUGUUUGCUGAUUGCAAGAAGAUGUUUCUUUGGCUCUUUCUGAUUUUGUCAGCCCUGAUUUGUUCGACAAAUGCAGAUUCUGACAUAUCGGUGGAAAUUUGCAAUGUGUGCUCCUGCGUGUCGGUGGAGAAUGUACUCUAUGUCAACUGUGAGAAGGUUUCAGUCUACAGACCAAAUCAGCUGAAACCGCCUUGGUCAAAUUUUUAUCACCUCAAUUUCCAAAAUAAUUUUUUAAAUAUCCUCUAUCCAAAUACAUUCUUGAAUUUUUCACAUGCAGUAUCCCUGCAGCUGGGAAAUAAUAAACUGCAGAACAUUGAGGGGGGAGCUUUUCUUGGGCUCAGUGCAUUAAAGCAGUUGCACUUGAACAACAAUGAAUUAAAGAUUCUCCGAGCUGACACUUUCCUUGGCAUAGAGAACUUGGAGUAUCUCCAGGCUGACUACAAUUUAAUCAAGUAUAUUGAACGAGGAGCCUUCAAUAAGCUCCACAAACUUAAAGUUCUAAUUCUUAAUGACAAUCUGAUUUCAUUCCUUCCUGAUAAUAUUUUCCGAUUCGCCUCUUUGACCCAUCUGGAUAUACGAGGGAACAGGAUCCAGAAGCUCCCCUAUAUCGGCGUCCUGGAGCACAUAGGCCGUGUUGUCGAAUUGCAACUGGAAGAUAACCCUUGGAACUGUAGCUGCGAUUUGUUGCCUUUAAAAGCUUGGCUGGAGAAUAUGCCAUAUAACAUUUACAUAGGAGAAGCUAUCUGUGAAACUCCCAGUGACUUAUACGGAAGGCUUUUAAAAGAAACCAACAAACAAGAGUUAUGCCCCAUGGGCACAGGCAGUGAUUUUGAUGUGCGAAUCCUGCCUCCAUCUCAGCUGGAAAAUGGCUACACCACUCCCAACGGUCACACUACCCAAACCUCCUUACAUAGGUUAGUGACCAAACCACCAAAAACUACAAAUCCUUCCAAGAUCUCUGGAAUCGUGGCAGGCAAAGCUCUCUCCAACCGCAAUCUCAGUCAGAUUGUGUCUUACCAAACAAGGGUGCCUCCUCUUACACCUUGCCCAAUGCCUUGCUUUUGCAAAACACACCCUUCGGAUUUGGGACUGAGUGUCAACUGCCAAGAGAAAAAUAUACAGUCCAUGUCUGAGCUGACACCGAAACCUUUAAAUGCCAAGAAGUUGCAUGUCAAUGGCAACAGCAUCAAAGAUGUGGACACCUCAGACUUCACCGAGUUUGAAGGACUGGAUUUGCUCCAUUUAGGCAGCAAUCAGAUUACAGCGAUCAAAGGAGACGUGUUUCACAAUCUCACUAAUUUACGCAGGCUGUAUCUCAAUGGCAAUCAGAUUGAGAGACUCUAUCCCGAAAUAUUUUCGGGCCUCCAUAACCUGCAGUAUCUGUACUUGGAAUAUAAUUUGAUUAAGGAAAUCUUAGCAGGCACCUUUGACUCAAUGCCAAAUUUGCAGUUACUGUACUUAAACAACAAUCUCUUAAAGAGCCUGCCCGUUUACAUUUUUUCUGGGGCACCUCUUGCGAGACUGAACCUGAGGAACAACAAAUUCAUGUACCUACCUGUCAGCGGGGUCCUCGACCAGCUGCAGUCUCUUACACAGAUUGACUUGGAGGGCAACCCGUGGGACUGCACUUGUGACUUGGUGUCACUAAAGCUGUGGCUGGAGAAGUUGAACGACGGCAUUGUUGUAAAAGAACUAAAAUGUGAGACGCCCGUUCAGUUUGCCAACAUUGAACUGAAGUCCCUCAAAAAUGAAAUCUUAUGUCCCAAACUCUUGAACAAGCCAUCUGCACCAUUCACGAGUCCCGCACCUGCCAUUACAUUCGCCACCCCGCUGGGUCCCAUUCGAAGUCCUCCCGGUGGCCCUGUGCCUCUGUCGAUUUUGAUCUUAAGUAUCUUAGUGGUCCUCAUUUUAACUGUGUUUGUCGCCUUUUGCCUCCUUGUGUUUGUGCUGCGGCGAAACAAGAAACCUAUGGUGAAGCACGAAGGCCUGGGGAAUACAGAGUGUAGCUCCAUGCAGCUGCAGCUGAGGAAACAUGACCACAAAACCAAUAAAAAAGAUGGACUGAGCACAGAAGCUUUCAUUCCACAAACCAUCGAACAAAUGAGCAAGAGCCACACCUGUGGCUUGAAAGAGUCAGAAACCGGGUUCAUGUUUUCAGAUCCCCCGGGACAGAAAGUCGUCAUGAGAAAUGUUGCCGACAAGGAGAAAGAUUUAUUACACGUGGAUACCAGGAAGAGACUGAGCACAAUUGAUGAGCUGGAUGAAUUAUUCCCGAGCAGGGAUUCCAAUGUGUUUAUUCAGAAUUUUCUGGAAAGCAAAAAGGAGUACAACAGCAUAGGGGUCAGUGGCUUUGAGAUCCGUUAUCCAGAAAAACAACAAGACAAAAAAAACAAGAAGUCACUGAUAGGCGGCAACCACAGUAAAAUUGUGGUAGAGCAAAGAAAGAGCAGUGAGUAUUUUGAACUGAAGGCAAAACUCCAGAGUUCCCCUGACUACCUACAGGUCCUUGAGGAGCAGACAGCUUUGAACAAGAUGUAGGCCAUGCAUUCUUACUUCAUACAGAGGACAUUUAUUUAAUGAUGAAAGUGCCUUUUGUUGACUUGUAACUUCCAAAUACUAUAUUAUCAAUAGGCAUAGAGGCAGGUGUUUCCAAGGGUGUCUCAUUAACUGUAGCUGCAAAGAUGUAUCCAGUAGAAGAGAAUUUCCUUAAUAGAUUUUACUACAAAAAAAAAAAAACCUGUACUGUGGAGUCCUGUGGGGAUACUGCAAACUCUGUUGCAAAACCUGUACUGUGGAGUCCUGUGGGGAUACUGCAAACUCUGUUGCCAAAGGGAUGCUUUAUAUACAUACUACACUGAAUUUGACCUCAAGAGGCAAAUCUGUUUUGUACCCCGAUGCAAAACCUUCGUCUCUUUGUGCUUUGUAAAGCAAACUCAAGAAAACUGGUACCAGUGUUCGCACCUCAGCUGAGUCCUUCACCUUGCACGUAGAUUAAGUUGGUGGAACUGGAAUAAUCCUUUUGAUUUGUGGCAUUGUAACAACUCUGUGUAAAGAUUAUCUGAAAAGUAAAAACAAAACAACAAAAAAAAAGCAUGCAAAGAGAGAACAAUCGAUAGUAUUUGUAAAUCGGUAAACCUUUAUGGCCUGCAUCUUGAAACCGCUGGAUUUAUAAUGUUAAAGUGUGCAAAUAUUUGUUUAAAAUAUACCAUGCAUUACAUAACUAUAAAAUAAAUUUGAACACUUUAAGCAUUACCUGUCUAUACAUAAAACCUAAAAGAGAAAAAAAAAUCCACGUGAGUUACAUAGCAUUUGUGAUCUGAAGAAAUACGUGACGUUUAUCAGAAUUAAACAUGGCUCAAAUUAAACUAACAUUAGAGUUUGUUCUCAGUUAUGUGAAAUACCCACAAUCCUUAAAGGUUGUCCAAAAUUAGCAAAGUGCUUACCGUGUGAGCGCACCCAAAGCUAUUUUUGUAACAUAAUUCAUAUUUAUGAAGUACUUUGUAUACUAAAUAGGAAAAUAUGUACUCUUUACUAUGUAUUUAAUAUGCCUGACUUGUUUUCCUGAUCACAGGGAAUUUAUCAAUAAGUAUACCUUUAGACAGAAAAAAAUAUACCAAACUGAAACUGAAGCUUCUGUGUACAGAAAUAUUCUGGACAUUGUGAUCAGGUACAGUGUAAAAACAAAACAAAAAAACCAAAAAAGAAACAAAAAUACAAAAAAAACAACAACAACAACAAAAAAACAGUUCUGUGCUAUUUUUGAAAAUUUAGCAUAUUCGGAUUUGUUACCAACUGUGCAUUUUAAAAUAGGUCCCUUAGUUUUAUAGUAUUGUGUCUGGGGCAGUUGUUAUUCGCCAUCAGUUGUCUCGCUUUUCAGGAUUCUAUGAGCUUAAUUCAAAUAGUUUUCACGGCAAAUAUUUAAAAAAGCAAUGAGUAAGGUUAAUAGUUAUAUCUCGUAUGCAUCAGUAUCCUGUUAUUUCAUCGUUCUGACUGCUAUCAGAUAAUCAAGUAGAACAGUACACAUCAUGGUAAUCUCGGCUAUCAAAGCCACACUGUAAAAUGCUUUCAUUGGUCUCAGAGAGGUCACAGUCUGCAACUACAAAUGGUAUGCCACUGUAUUUGCUUGUGCUGUUAACUUCUCCAUCAUACUUGGUCAAAGGAAGGAAGUACUUGAUAAUGGGAGAUAUUUGAAGAGUUUUAGGAGCUCCUGAUUAGCAAAGUGACACCCUGAAACAUAUUGUCUUCUUGGCCUGCCUACGUAUGUAUAGUUUUUGUGCUCCAUCUCUUAUCACUACUGUAAUUCAUCAGUAAGAUGACCAAGAAGGUAAACAACAUAGACAUUCUUCAUGAAUUUCAAGGGGCAGAUGUUUUGGUGCAGCUUCCAAAAUGAUACUAUGAUAAAAGUUGUAAUAACGUCCCUUAAUUGAUUACUAAUUUCAGGGCUUUCUACGUUUGUUCAAAGAUUAAAAAACAACAACAACAACUUGGCAUUCUUGGAGGGGUGUGUGUGUGUGUGUGUGUGUGUGUGUGUGUGUGUGUGUGUGUAUGCAUACAUAUUGAUAAUUUGGAGAUUUUUUUUAAGUAGCAAAAAAAAUUGUCUCCAUAUGUGUGUGCUGGUGCUCUUAAAACUUUAAUGUGUAAUUUUAAUUUUCAUGACAAUGUGACAACUUUAUAUGAAUAGUUAAAAAAUACAAACAAAUACUUGCUUUCUAAUCUUGAAAGAAAGGACAUGAAGAUGUGUGCCCGAUAGCUCGUUUUCAUCUACAAUUUCAUAAGGAUUUUUAAUAUGGCAUUACCAUGUUUGCAUGCAUCCAUGGAUUAAAGGGCUCCUAAUGCAUCCUGACAGGAUAAAGAUGGAAAGGCUUCAAAGAAAGUGUUUUCGUUUAUCCUGUCAAUAAAGUAUGGAUGGAUUGAAAAAUCUUAAGUAGAUGCUUCCAGAAGGAACCAGAAAGCUCCAUCCAUUAUCUAGGGAUCAUAGGUCAUUGGGAUGAUGCCUUUUAUUCAGUGUGGUGAUGCUUUGAAGAUGUUUCGAGGUUUCUGCUGUUGUCAAUGGCAAGGCUACCUGCCACCAUCUCAAAGCUUGCUGUAACAUAUUGGCUAUCUCAAUCUCUUCGGCCGAAGGAUAUAAAUCUUCAACCUUUUUUUAAAAAGUAAUUUAAAUGUAUGUGGUUAUUUGGAAGAUCCAAUUGUAUGUGAAUGACAGUAACAAAUCCUUGGUUAAGGCUGACGUAUUUUCCUUAACUGAAGUCAUUGUGCCUACAUUCUGCAGCGUAUAGUAUUUUGCACCCGUCUCUCAUUAAUUCUACUUGUAUAUUUUAUGAUAAUGUAGUUAGGCAUAAGUUUUGAGUUGAGUACAAGGGCAGUUAAAAUACUGUAUCUACAUUUUGUUGGCUUCAACUAUAACCUUGAUGUUAGUUUAACCCCUUGAGGAAUGGUAUAUCUGUCAGUACAGCAUUUUGGGUAGACUUUGAUUCAGAUCUAGAAAAUCCAAGAAGUACUCAUUUCUAAUGUGCUCUGACACAUCAUGGGUUUCUUGGCACCGCGUCACUUGCUUGGACUCUGUUAGAAUGGUAGCAAAGAAAAUGAGAGCAUAUGAAAUCAGUGAAGGGGUUGAGAUAAUAUAUUAUGUCCGUGUAAUAUAAAUCAAGUUUUAAAUUAUUUUUUUAUGAAAUCAAUAAAGAUGAGUCGAUUCUUUAAAAGUAAAUCUUUGUGUAAUUUUAUGAGAAAGCAGCUAUUAAAAUACAGUGAUUGAAGUCUAUAAGGCAAUUUAUAUUCUAUAUUUAGUUUUCCAUUCUGCAUAAUAAACUGAAUAAAUAUAUUAAUUAGAAAAUCAUUUAAGACCAGCUUUCCUUUGUUGCUUUUUAAAAACAUUUAAUUUCUUUAAGCCAUAAGGAUGCAUAAGUUAUACAGGGCAUGGCCUCAUGAGUCACGUCAACAGGUAUUGUGGAAAUAGAACACAUCUAGAAAUGUAUGGCAGUAAUAUUAAUCUAUAAUAUCUUUUGCAUGUUUUGUACAUUGACAUUGUAUGAAAUGAGCACAGUGAGUUAUUAUUUUUUUUUGUUAUUGUUGUCGCAUCCAAAGAGCUGGGGAGAAAAAUAUAUUAAGAUUGUAUUUAUAAUCACUAUUUUGAAAUAAAGUAAAGAAAACACAUUGUAUUGUUUUUACCCUGAUUCAAUUAUUAGCAUUUUAGGUUAGUUUAUAAGACAAAAAUCAAGUAAUGCUAUAAAAGCUCAUGUAAAUCACAGAAAGGAACUGUUUUAAUGACUUCUGUUUGCUUUUAAUAACAUCAAGGUAUUAGAGAGAAUUUAUUAAAUGCCAUUUUUAUGAAAGUAUUAAUAAAAUUGUUUGCUACAAUGGUAUUUCUGAAGCCACAGUUUGUUAAAUAUAUUUAUCUUUCCAUUAUGUUUCAGAAGAAAUAAAGCAGUAGCCAAACUGAUCUUUUCACCUAGAUUUGAGGGUAAGACACAGAGCUUUAGAAUACUGUUUGUAUUCGACUUAAUUGCUAAAUCUAUGUUAAGAGAUGCUUUCUUUUCAAACAUCUUUGCAAUCUAUGUUCCUUUCCACUGGCAGCCUCUUUGGAGAAGAGUCAGACAGUGCCAAGAUCAAUAUGCUUUGAAUCUUGUUCAUUCCCGUUAAUCAGUUGGAAUCUGACAACACUGCAGAUAAGCAAAUAUUGAUGUUCAAUCUUAACUGUCUAUUCAAAUACUUUUAGAAACACUUCGGGACCCCUAUCAUCCACGGCCAGCGGAACGGGUUAUGGGUUACCCACCUACUCAUAGGGUAGAUUGCGAUUUUUAUUUGUUGGUUUUUUUUUCAAAAAUGACCCAAGUCAUCAAUCCAUCACUUUACCAGCGUUAUUAUGGUUGAGAAAAAUGAGCCAAUUGAAUUAUGGUUCAUUUGAGGGUAACAAAGAUUAUAAACAGACCGUGUUGACCAAUAAAGUGGAUUUAAGACACGUUUCCUUAUGGGAAGAGAGAGGGAACCAGAAUACACUAAGAAAGACUAUUGUGGUCUUAGGUCUAUACCUAGCUAUGCUGAAGAUGUGAACAGUAUAGGCAGCGUAUACAAAUACUGUUGCACUAAAUGAUUUAUGUAUCACAGGAUAUACAUCCCAUGAUUGUGCGACUUAUUUUAGUUCUUUAUGAGUAUUGAGCACAAGGCUUUGGGUCCCAGCCACUCAGUUGGCUUCAUUUCCGGUGUUCAUUGAAUUAGUCAUGAUAGUCAGAUGGGCUGAACUAAAAUAUCCUGUUUGUGGCUUCACUUACCGAGAAUAACUGAUGACAUGCCUCACGUUCACCUGAUUAUUGUUAACCCUCAAUUUUAGACUUGCUGGGGAGCUGUCCUUUGUUAAAUUAAAAGCAAAUGGGGGGUUAAAUGACUUUUAAUAGCUUAUUUUGUACAAAACUGCCCUUCAUCUAAUUUUGAAUUUGAUUUUGUUUUAGUUUCCACUGGUUGAUAAGAUUGUAUUUUGGAAGGGGAAGUCAAGGAAAGCAAAGUACAUUGCCUGUCUUACAUGAAAUACCAUGACUUCUUAACUUUUAAAGAUUAUUUUUAGCCUCUUCUUCCUGUGUCUACAGAGGGAAAAUGAAGCAGGCUCUGAGACAACUCCUUGAGUACUUUGAGCCAAAUAAUUGCUACUGAGAAUAAAAUGAUUCCAAUUUUUCAUUCAAUCAUAAUUACCAGAUCCACUGACUGUAGAACCCAGAACCAGAAAAGAAUUACUCAGGCCUCCACCUUCGUUUGCUUUUGUAGACACUGGCUAAAUAGAAGUUCUGUGAUUUCAAUAACACAUCAAAAAUGAGAAAUUACUUGUUUAACUUAAAAAGCUCAUGAAUAAGGCCUUGAGAGACAUGAUAUGAAUAUGUAAUGGAAAAAAAUAUAAAAUAUCACUUUCAAAUUAGCCAGAGGAAGGACAUAGUUUUCUGAAGUUCCUGAACAGUACAUUUAUUUCUCUUACUCGCCACUUCAGAAAUACGACAUAAUUUCAUGUGAUGCUGGUUAGCAGCCUAAGGAAGCCAUGUUGCUCAGUGGGUACUGCUCAUGGAAGCCUUUGAAAAUCAUAGUAAGCUCUGUUCUGUUCUCCCUACUAAGAAUUGCAAUGUGUAUUUCAAUCAUUGUUCCAUGUAAACUGAACCAUUGUGGUAAAAUUCUGGACUUGAUACUCAGUCAUUUUAAUGCUGUUUUCACUAAUAAAAGUCUUUUCUUAUAGGUCA